GCGAUUACACUGCCAUUUUACCCCUUCAGCACGCGCGAGGAGAAAGAAUAGGGUUUUGGUAUUCCAUAAAUCUCAAACUGUAAAACCCCAGUAUUUCUCUCCCGUCUGUAUAUGAACAGCAAUCUCUUCAAGAUGGUUACGUUUUGAACCUGAUAUGGGAACUCGAAAUGUCUUGUGGAAUUUGGCAAACAAGUAUUUCACCUUUGGGCUCAUAGGCCUUACUGUUUCUGAUCGAUAUGCAAGUAUUGUUCCGGUGCGGGGGGCUUCUAUGUCUCCCACAUUUAAUCCUCAAGCCAGCAAUUUUACGGAUGACUAUGUUUUGGUGGAGAAGUUUUGCCUUGAAAAGUACAAGUUUUCACACGGCGAUGUGGUAGUUUUCCGUUCCCCAAGUAAUCACAAGGAGAAAUACGUAAAGAGAAUAAUUGGCUUACCAGGUGACUGGAUUGGAACUACUCAUAAUUCCUAUGAUGUGUUGAAGAUUCCAGAAGGACAUUGUUGGUUAGAGGGUGAUAAUUCAGCUUCUAGCAAGGAUUCCAGAUCUCUUGGCCCAAUUCCUUUGGGUUUGGUUCAAGGAAGGGUGACCCACAUCGUGUGGCCUCCUCAGAGAAUAGGUGCAGUCGAGAGAAGUUAUCCUCAGGAAAGAGUUUCUUCUCCUUGAUAUUAUUUCGACUCUGGAUCUCAUUUUGCGAGGGAAAACCAUUUUUUUCCCUGAUUCAUGUCCUUUUGGGCAUUUGCAGAGGAAACAUUUUUUGAUUGGAUUUCCAUCUUGUCAUUGAUUCUUGAUAUGUGCCCCUUGCAUGUUUAGGCUCUUUUAGUGAGAUCUAUGCUGAUUUUGCCUUCAUUUUGGGAAUAGGAUCUUCCCCAUUUCUUAGUCAAUUUUCAAUUUCGCAAACUAAAGAUAUAUAUGAAUGGAAUCAUUUAAUGGUCAAGAUUAUAUUUUACA